AAAUAUCGCUUCGCAAACAUAUGGUUUUGCGUUUUGGCCGUGGUUACUGACAGCAAUAAGAAAAGGGUUGAGCAGCUUUGCACGGCGCACUUGAAAAGGCAAAUAAAUCACAGUACGAAACAUGGCCAUACGUUUGACGCACAGAUUACUGCAGGCCCAGGUUCCGUUCCUGACGCGCGGCUAUCCGCUGCUCGUGACUAAGGAGAAGACCGAGGAUGUGGCUCAUACGAAAUCUAAGUUGCAAAAGAAACUAACGGGCACUGAUAUACCCUCGGCGCAAUAUGGCGGUCGCCAUGGAGUCACUAUGCUGCCUGGCGGUGGCAUUGGACCGGAAUUGAUGGGCUAUGUGCGUGAAAUCUUUAGGUACUGUGGCGCACCCAUUGAUUUUGAGGUAAUCGACAUUGAUCCCUCCACCGAGGGUAACGAUGAUCUGGAGUAUGCGAUUACCUCCAUCAAGCGUAAUGGCGUUGCGCUCAAGGGAAAUAUUGAGACCAAGUCACAUAGCCUAGAUGAAACUUCACGCAAUGUGGCUAUACGUAAUGAGCUGGAUCUCUACGUGAAUGUCGUUCACUGCAAAUCAUAUCCAGGCAUUCCUGCACGUCACAAGGACGUUGACAUUGUGCUCAUCCGCCAAAACACGGACGGUGAGUAUGCCAUGCUGGAGCACGAGUCUGUCCAAGGUGUUGUGGAGAGCAUGAAGGUGGUGACUAUCGACAAUGCUGAGCGUGUGGCACGGUAUGCCUUCGAGUUUGCGCGCCAGAACAAUCGCAAGCGCGUGACGACCGUACACAAGGCCAACAUCAUGAAGCUGUCGGACGGUCUCUUCCUGGAUGUGGCCAAUCGUGUGCACAAGGAUUAUCCGGAGAUAGAGCACAACAACAUGAUCAUUGACAAUACUUGCAUGCAGGCUGUAUCGAAUCCGCAUCAGUUUGAUGUCAUGAAUAUGACCAAUUUGUAUGGCACCAUUGUGUCGAAUGUGCUUUGUGGAUUGAUUGGCGGCGCCGGCCUCAUCUCUGGACGCAACUAUGGCGAUCACUUUGCUGUCUUCGAGCCCGGCACCCGUAACACUGGCACUGCCAUUGCUGGCAAGAAUAUAGCCAAUCCCGUGGCCAUGAUCAAUGCCAGCAUUGAUAUGUUAAAUCAUUUAGGUCACAAGGAUCAUGCCAAGGUUAUCUAUGAUGCCACCUACCAUACGAUUGUCAAUGAUGCCAUACGCACGCCAGAUCUGGGCGGCACGAACAGCAGCACGGACGUAGUUGAGAACAUACUCAAGAUCUUGAGUACAAAGCGUGUUAAUUGGCCACAUGGAAACUAUUUCAACCAGUCUUAGGCACCCUUUCCGCAUACGAAAAGUCAAAGCCAUACUAAACCGCAAACAAUUUAAAAAGAAAAACCAAAACAAAUAAAAUUUCAUAUUAACCCUGAACUAAGCCAAUCAGAGCCAACUGUUAAAACGAAUUAUUUCACCCUUAAGCCAAUGCAUAAAGCGGUUAUUGUGAUGUCAAUAAAUAUAAUUAGAAGCAA